AUGGCCAGCAAGUUAGCUAAAAAACCACAACUCUUUACUUGCAAUGACUGCCAAAAAGUUUUCAAAACCAAAUCUACUUUACGCUAUCAUCUAUAUUCGCAUAAACCCGGCAACGGUACUUUCACUUGUAAUAAUGAUGGCUGUAAGCGUACUUUUAAAAAUCCCAAACGUUUGAGUGAUCAUAAAAGACGUUAUCAUUUGAAUACAGAAGAUUAUGUAUGCGAAUAUUGUGGUUAUCAUACACGCAUUAAAUGUAAUCUAACGGUACAUAGACGUCAACACACUGGCGAACGGCCAUAUUGUUGUGAACAUUGUGGUAACGGUUUUGCCUCCUCGUAUCAGUUGAAUAUACACCGUGAGAUACACAGUGGCGAGCGCAAAUAUUGUUGCAUUAUUUGUGCCGAGAGUUUUAACGAUGCGAAGGCGUUGUAUCAUCAUCGGGCCCUGCAUGCCGAAGAGAAUAAAUAUGUUUGUAAUUUGUGUGAUAAAUCAUAUCGGCAGUCGGCCGGUUUGUCCCAGCAUGUAAGAUGGCAUAGGAAGCAGCAAGAGCGUUGUACGGAUGUUAUUAAAAUUGUGCAAUAA